UCCACAGUAGCCUCGCGUCAUUAGAACCAGCUGGACAGGUAGCAUACCAGGAAAGGCCCUCAUAUCACACAUUCGCUCGCUUGCUCACUCUCCAUCUCUGACUUUCCCAUGCACACCCCUCUCCUUCUCUCACUCUGUCCAUUCUCUUGUCAUACUCAGGACCCUCAUCCUCUCUUCACUGUUGCCGUUGUCCAGCUCACACAAAUGAAAUGACCAAGCGGAAUAAAGCACUUUAAAAGAAGGUAAGCAAACAUUCGUCUCAGAGAACCUUGUGUGAGACAGACCUGAUUUUCUGCUGAACUAGUUGGGCCAGUUUUUUCACUCUUUUGUGUUUUGGUUCAUUGGGGCUGUUCCUAACCGUGUGGCCCGGGAACUGUGUGUACACGAGACUGUCUCCUGGACACAACAUUUCUGCGUUGUCUGAGAACCGUAGAGCGCAAAGUUCUGGAAAUAUUUUUAUGUAGUUGCAUGGAUGAUAUCAUGAGGCAAAUCCUGAGAGAAAAUCUCUACAAUUAACUCAGUUAACUCUUCCUGGUUUAUGAGGCCAUUCCAUGGGACCCUGAGAACUAGCACAGCAGCGUCUCCUCUGGGACCCCCUAAUGGAGUGAAUCCCAAUGAGUCCAGUGCCACUCUCACCUCACACCAAUCAUCAGCCACCACAGUCACACUGCAAACAUGAUACAUAUGAAGAAUUCUUCACAGUGCUUAACUAUUGUCCCUCAUGGAUUUCCAGGAUAAGGACAUUACCCAAAGCCCAGAUCCUAAAAGAUUUCCAGAGGCAUUGUCAGCUCCUGGCAAAAAACAACAAUGAGGGCUAUAAGCAGGAAUUCGAGUCACUGAACGAUGUCGGAGCAGAGUUUCCCACCAGGGUAGGAGAACUGGAAGCCAACCAGUGCAAGAACAGAUACCAACAUGUUCUACCCUAUGACCACUGCAGAGUGAAACUCUCCCUGCUGCACUCCCAGUUGCACUCGGACUACAUCAAUGCCAAUUACGUACCAGGUGGGAGUUCGGAGCGUGACUUCAUCUGCACCCAGGGGCCUCUACAGAGCACCAUAGCAGACUUCUGGAGGAUGGUCUGGGAGCAGAACGUGCACAUCAUCGUCAUGCUGACUUCUCUCAAAGAGAAUGGCAAGGUUCUGUGUGACCAAUACUGGCCCCCCGAGAGAGGGACAGGUUGCUACGGCGACAUCCAGGUGACAACGGUGUCACGGAAACGUGGGCUGGACUCUUACAUCACGUCCAUCCACCUGCGGCAGAAUGGUCACCCAAUGGAGCGCAGGAUCACUCACUACCUGUACUCUAGUUGGCCAGACAACUCUGUGCCACGUGACCUCGCCUCCCUGUGCGCCUUCACUGAGACAGUGAGGCUACACCUGGACAACAUGCCUCACACAGGCCCCGCCAUCGUCCACUGCAGUGCAGGGGUGGGGCGUUCAGGAACCUUCGUUGCAGUGCUGUGGCUGCUACAGCUGUGUGUGCGUGGGGUCUCGCCUGACGUCAAAGGAGCAGUGAUGGACCUGCGGCGCCACAGAGUCUUCAUGGUGUUCACCGUGGAGCAGUACAUAUGCGUGCACAAGUGUUUGAUGCGCUGGCUUCUUGCAGAGGGUAAAAAACCGAAGGCCCGCACCCAGAGUGCUCCAGGACUGAUUCAGCUAGGUGUCCCCCAGCCUCCUCAGCCUGCUCCCCAGCCCCACAGGCAGGCUCGGCCCAGGAGUAUGGAGGUCAAGCAGACUCCCAAGAGCCACCGGCAGCACCAGCCGUCGCCGGCCGGUCCCAGUGUCCUGCAGUCCUUUAACGCCCAGCUGCAGAGCGUCAGACCAGCGAACCUGCUGAGGAGGCUACUGCCCUCUGGGGGCAGUACGAAGAAAGGCACAGACUCUGACCUCUGACGAACAAAUAAUACAUUACACACACAAGCGAGAGUGUGCGCGCACACACACAAACACACACACACACACACACACACACACACACACACACACACACACACACACACACACACACACGUCUGCACACAUCACACACAUGCACAUACGGAAAGUUUAUAAGAGGAACUGUACGCAAAUCAGGAUUGUUCCAUUUACAUUGCAAAGUAAGCUGUGAAUGUCCACCUAACCCCCCCCCCCCAAAAAAAAACACACACACACCCUCCGUCCUCUGCCACCCUCCCGCACUCCACUUCACUCACACCCUCUUCACUUUCUUUCCCUGUGUGGACGUGGCAAUUGACGGUGCCAAUUAUUUAAAUGUUUUGUGCUGUAUGGUUGUUGCAUAAUGUUUUUUUUUUUACUACUCACCCAGCUGAUGGACUGUGUGACCAAUGCUUUACUACUAUGCAUCCAUAGGUGUUCACAUAUGGAAACUGUAUUUCUAU